CCGACAUUAAACCCAGAGAGGAGGAGGAGAGAGAGAAGAUGGUGACCUCGUCGGUGGUGAACACGUACCCACUAUCGAGCUACACAUUCGGUACGAAGGAGCCCAAGAUGGAGAAAGACACUUCUGUUGCUGAUCGCCUUGCUCGCAUGAAAGUCAACUAUUCGAAAGAGGGCAUGAGGACUAGCGUUGAAGGAAUCUUGCUGGUACAGGAACAUAAUCAUCCCCAUAUUCUUCUUCUGCAAAUUGGAAACACAUUUUGUAAACUUCCUGGUGGGCGUCUAAAGCCAGGAGAGAAUGAAAUUGAGGGAUUAAAAAGAAAACUUUCCAGCAAACUUGCUGCUAAUUCACCUUCUCUUCAGCCAGAUUGGCAGAUAGGUGAGUGUGUGGCUACUUGGUGGAGGCCAAAUUUCGAAACCAUAAUGUACCCGUACUGUCCUCCACAUAUAACAAAACCCAAGGAGUGUAAGAAACUUUUCCUUGUUCACCUGUCUGAGAGGGAGUACUUUGCCGUUCCAAAAAAUUUGAAACUUCUUGCUGUCCCGUUGUUUGAGCUCUAUGAUAAUGUUCAGAGAUAUGGGCCUGUUAUAUCCACCAUUCCCCAGCAGCUGUCUAGAUUCCAGUUCAGCAUGCUUCAAACAUAACUUUUUGAGGGACUCCAAUGACUCAUAUGUCUUGGUUGAACUCCAGAAAAGUUUUUAGACCUGCUAGUGUGCCAAUGCUAAGUGUUGCAGAUGACUGAAGCAAAUCUGACUGGCGUUGUGACUUACUCUAUCCAUCUAAACUGAGUAGUUAUAAACCUUCUUAUAUCAGAUGUGUAUUUGUUGGACAUUGAUUGCUCGAAUUACCAUAGUUGUAUGUUGUUUAUGACAUUCAUCAGAAUUAUAAGCUUUUUCUAGUUUGGUAAUGUGCUGACUCAGAGAGUUUGAAGGAAGAUUCAUUGAUCUAGUCAUCACUAGUGUUAUUGAUGUCGGUGUGCCUGUUUUUGUAAUCCUGAGAAUGAGAAUUGAGAAUUAUCAUUCAUUUAAAUGGAAAAAACAGCAUUCAUG